AUGCCUAAAAAUGAUAAAAAAAAAUUGAAUGAUUCAUCUUAUAGUGGAGAUGAAGAUCGUUAUGAAAGUAGUUUAAAUAUCACAGAAAAUGAAAACAUUCAUUCUAGUAACUUAUUAGUGAAUUCAAUAAAAAUGGAUGAUCAUGAUUUCAACAAAUUUAUAAAUAACGAAGAUUUAGAUUUUUCAGUUGAUUCAUCUCUUGAUUGUUCUAAUAGUAACGCAACAAAUUUUAGAAAUAAAAAAGAUGAAAUAUCUUUCGUUGAAUUAAGUGAUAAGAAAAAAGAAAAAUACGCAGUUUUGAAAGAUAAAAAUGAAAAUAAUUUGAAUUCAAAAAAGGAUGAAAAUAAUAUGAAUAAAAACAAAUAUAAUAAAUCAACAAAAAUAGCCACAUUAGUUGGUGAUAAGGAUAAUGAAAAAAAUAAAUUACAUAAUAAAAAUGAAAAUAAUUACAAUAUAGUUAAUAAUGAAGUAGAAGACAAAGACAAAAAUAGAAAGGAGUUAAAUAUAGAUAUUCAUACAGAAAAUGAUGAAAUGAAUACUUUUGAAAAAGAAAAAAACAUAUAUGAGCAUAGCCCACUUUGCCAAGAAGAAAAUAUAAAUAAUAAUAAUCUUAAUAAUAAUAACAAUUAUGUUAAUAAUAAUAUGAAUAGGAAUUCUAUAUGUACAAAUGAAAAUAGCAACAGUUCUAAUAUUAGUUUUUCUAAUAAUUUAGUUCAAAAAAGUAGAAAUUAUGAUAAAACUAUUAAUUCUAAAGCUAAUGAUUUAUCUAUUUCUAAUGACUAUUUGAAUAGUAGUUUAAUAUCAAGUAUGUUAUAUAAAGAAAAUGAGUUAUGCUUUAUUAAAUAUUUAAUUGUUUGUAAUUUUAAAAGUUAUGAAAACGAAAAUAUCAUCGGUCCAUUUUCAAAAUUUACUGCUAUAAUAGGACCUAAUGGCUCAGGUAAGUCAAAUAUAAUGGAUUGUAUAUGUUUCGUUUUAGGAAUAAAUAAUAAAUAUUUAAGAGUAAAGAAUUUAAAAAAUUUAAUAUAUCAUAAAGAAAAUGAGAAAAUAGACAAUUUAAAUAAAAGAGUAUGUUAUGUAAAACUUGUUUUAGAAUGUAAUAAAGAAAAUGUAGAAAUUAAAAGAACACUAAACUAUAAAGGAGUAAGCAAUUUUUAUAUUAAUGAUAAAUUGGUAGAUCAUAAAGAGUAUAUGAAUUUUUUAAGGAAAAAUAGAAUUGAAACCAAAACGAAAACGUGUCUAAUUUUUCAAGGAGAUAUAGAAGAAAUUAUUAAUAAAAAACCAACAGAAUUAGCUAAACUAUUUGAAUAUAUAAGUGGAUCAGAUGAGUAUGAACAAAUUUAUGAAGAUAUUAAAGAAAAAUUAAAAGAAAAGCAAAUAGCUUGUAAGAAUUAUUUAAGUGAGAAAAAAAAAAUAGAACAAGAAUUAAAAAUUCAUAAAAUUCAAAUGAAUGAAAAUGUAGAACAUAAUCAACUUAAAGAUGAUUAUGAAAAUGAUAUAAAAAUUUUGUACUUAUUUCGUUUAUAUCAUUAUUUAAAAAAAAAAGAAAAAUUUAAAGAAGAUUUAUUAAAUUUAAAAGAAGAAAAAAUGGAAUUCGAGCAAGAUAUUUUAAGUAAAAAUAAAAAAAUUGCUAAUGAGUUAGAAAAAAAUAAAUUAAUUAAAAAAAAAGAGUUUAUAAAAUUGGAAGAUGAUAUAAGAAAUCAGAGAGUUCAAUUAAAUGAUCUCAAAAUACGUUUAAAUGAAAUAAAUGAAAAGAGAAAAUUCUUUGAGAAUUCAUUAAAUAAAGUACAGACAAAUGAAAAAAUGAAAAAAAAUAUGGAAAGUCAUUGUUCUAACUUUAUUGAUAAUUUAAAUCAGCAAAUCAAAGAACAAAACAAAAAAUUAGAAGAUGAAUAUAAAAAUAAAUUAAAAAUAAAUGUAAAAUUUUUCAAUAAAUAUGAAAAUAUUAAAAAAUUUUUAAAGCAAAAUUAUCCAAAUAUGUACGAAUUACUUAAAGACGAAAAACAUAUUAACAAAAUUAAUAUAGAUAAUUAUAAUGAUCAAGAGCAAUUUAAAAAUUAUGAUGUUAUUCAAUUAAUAGAAAACUUAGAUUUAUAUAAAAAAUGUAAAGAAAAAUAUUUAUAUUUAUGUGCUAACAGUAAUAUAAAUAUAAAUAAUUAUUCUAAUUUAGCAUUUUCCUUAAAAAAAGACAUAAAAGAAUUGCAAGAAGAAUGCGACAAUUUUAGUAGAAAAAAACAAAAAGAAAUUUUGGAGUAUGAAUCAGAGAAAUUGUCACUUGAAGAAUUAAAUGAUCGAAUAAACAAAUUAAAUUAUUUAAUAGAUACAGAUAAAAAAAAUAUUGAAUGCAACAAAAACAAAUUAAAGGAGUUAAAUAUGAAUAUUGCAAAUAAUGAAAAACAAAUAGAGCAAUUAGAUGAAGAAAUAAAUGUAUUAAAUAUUCAUAAAAAUGAAUUAAUUUUUUUUGAAAAAAAAAAAGAAGUUAUAAAAAAUCUAAAAAAUAUUUUUGGAGAUGAUGAAAUAUAUGAUGAAGUUUCUAAUUUAUAUGAAAUAAGUAAUCAAUUGUAUUAUACUGCUGUAAAUAAUGCUAUUCAUAAAUAUAAUAAUUUUUUAGUUGUUAAAAAUAUAGAAACUUGUGUUAAAUGCAUUAAAUACUUAAAAGAUAACAAAUUACAUAAAAUGGAUUUCAUUCCUUUUGAAAACUUUGUAUCUAAUAUAAAAAAAAAAAAAGAAAAAAAAAAUAUUAAUGGUAAUAUGAUGGAAGGUGAAAGUCUUGAUGCUAAUAAAGAAGAAUCCUCUUAUAAUAUAAUAGAUAAAGUUAUAAAUACAUUUAAAAAAAAAAAUAUUGUUUUAGCAAAUAACUGUUUAGUGUGUGAUGAAAAUUAUAAAGUUAUGUUCGAUAAUUUAAUAGGUAAAGAUACAAUUAUAGUAGAAAAUAUAAAGGAUGCAGAAGAUAUUAAAGAUAAGUUUCCUAAUCUUAAUAUAAAUAUAGUUACAUUAAAAGGGCAUAUCAUUUCUAAACACAACAAUUUAAUUAUUGAUAUAUCAUCUAAGUAUGCAGAUAAAGAGAAAUACAAUAAUAAAAGAUUAAAUAUAAAUUUAUACAAUAAAUUAGUAAACGAAAAGGAUGUAUGUAGGAAUAAUAUUAACGAUUGCAAUAAAAAAAUCAUUGAAACAAAUGAGUUAUUAAAUAAACAAAAUAGUGAAUUAGAAUUAAAUAAAAAAAAAAUUGCUAGUGUUUUAAUUAAAAAAGAGAUAUUUGAAAAAGAAAUCGAAGCAAAAACAACGAUUAUUGAUACGUAUGAAGAAAAAAUAUCCAAAUUAAAAAAUAUAGAUUUAAAAAACAAAAUAAAUAAUUUAAAUAAUUAUGAAAAUGAAUUAUUAAAAGAAAGAAAUAGUUUGUCCUCCUUUCAAAAGGAUUCUUUUGAAAUUUUAAACAACAAAUUCAAAAUAGAUAAUAUAUAUGAAAUUGUUGAAAAUAAUACAAAAGAAAUAGAAAAAAUCAAUGAAAACAUAGAUAGAAUUAAAAAUAAUAUAAAAAAAUUAAAUGAUGAUAUUAAUGAAUUAUUAGAUAAAAAAAAUGAAAUUGCAAUAUUCCAUAAGAAAGAUAAAAGUUUGAAAGAGGAUGAUAUUAAAAAAGAAUUGGAAGAUUUAAAAGAAGAAGAAAAUGGAUCUAAUAACAAAAUAAAUGAAGUUAAUGUUAUUAUAAACAAUUUAGAAGAUCAAAAGUUAACACUUCUUAAAAAUUUAAAUCAAAUAAAUCAGGAAUUAAAUGAUUUAAGAGAAAAUAUAAAUAAUAAUUUGGAGAAGUACGAAAAUAUUGAAAAUAAAAUAGAAAACUCUGAAAAAAAAAUUGAAAUUUAUAAACAUUUUAUAAAAGAUUUAAUAAAUGAAUGUGAUAUAAAUAGUAUAAAUAUAUUUAUAACUAAUAAUAUAUUAAAAGAUGCCGAUGAAGCAUAUGACGAUUGUAAUGGAACUAUUAAUAAAAAAAAAAAAAAAAAAAAAAAACAUAUCAAACGAAUUAAUAAAUAUGGAAAACGAAAAAGUAAAUUAUUAGAAGAAAGUGAAAUUGAAGAAAAUAAUACGUCUUCAAGUGAUGAAACUGCAGAAGAAACAGAGGAAGAAGAAGAAGAAGAUGAUGAUAUUUUGUUAACUAAUAUAUCAUUUGAUAUUUUAUCUGAAGAAUUAAAAAAUCUUGAGAAUGAAAAAGAUAUAAACAAUGAAAAGGAAAAAAUGGAAAAAGAAAUAGAAAAAAAGAAAAAGUUUUUAAAAUUAAGAAAUGUAAAUAGUAAUGCAGAAAAAGAAUAUGAAAAAUUAAUAGCAAAAUUAAAAGUAGUUGAUACAUCUCUAUCAGAGGAAAGAAAAGAAUGUAAUUUAUUUGAAAGAAAUUUUCGUAUAUUGCAAAAAAAACGAUCGUAUAAAUUUUUACAUUGCUUUAAUUAUAUUAAAAACAUUAUAGAUAAUGUAUAUAAUAAUUUAACAUAUAAUAUAAAACAUCAUGUUGGAGGACAAGCAUUUUUAGAUUUAUGUAAUUAUAAUGAAUUUAAUAAAGAUGAUGAACCCUUCUAUUGUGGUAUAAAGUAUAAUAACAUGCCUCCAAUGAAAAGAUAUUUUGAAAUAUCUGAAUUAAGUGGAGGAGAAAAAAGUAUAAGUGCAUUAGCAUUAAUAUUUUCUAUUCAAAAAUAUAUAAAUAAUUCUUUUAUUAUUCUUGAUGAAGUUGAUGCUAAUAUGGACCCUCUGAAAAUUAACUCACUAACAAGGUAUUUAAAUUCUAUUAAUAGCCAAGUUAUUGUAAUUUCUCUGAAGGAGAAAUUUUUCAGUAAAAGUCAAACAUUAAUAGGUGUGUAUAAAAAUAAACAUAAAAAAUGUUCUAAGACUAUUACUUUAGAUAUAAGCAAAUAUCGCCAAGAUAUUGUGAAUAAUUAA